GCGCCGAUGUUUUCGUUGUACGGGUGUUCCACAAUUUGCUCUUGAGUUGUUCAUUUCUUUGAGACAACUGUCCGAGCAGUUCAUCUAAAAACGGUUGAACUGAUAAUUGUCAUUGACAGCCGAGGUCAGUCUAUUUAUGCCGACACACACUGCAAGACAGGUGAACAGAAUGGAUCCCCGCUCGGCGGCGGUCUGUUUGGCCCUCGUCCUGAUGUUAGUGGCGGGCCCAGCGAAAGGAGUUUGGUUGGAGGUGUUCGCUACUGAAGAAGGUGUGGGACAGACAGUCAUGGAUGCCUGGAAUGCUGCGGCCGGUGCAGAAGUUCGUCACUACAAGUGUUCCAUUGUGGAGCAGUGGAGUUCGCUCACUAUCAGUCGGGUGAAGAUUGUAUUGGAGGCCUCCGACGGAAAUAAAGAGUUCAUAUUCAAUGGGCAAAACUCCGACAAGACCAACUGGUUCACCAAGGCUCGGCUUCUCUCAUCACCAUAUACUGACAUCCAAACUUCAACUCAAAACGUCUUCUCAAUUGUAGGCGAUGAAGUUCCUAAAAGGCGAUUCUACAUCAACAAAUUCUAUAACGGAUGUAACGGCGACCAUGGUUGGCUGGUGGUGGCCGACGCUGGGACGGGCGGAAUUUGCGCAUGGGAACGGGCAGAAGCAGCUGUACAUCCUCACGUUCUGUAUUCUAAACUGAGCACCGCCGUCAACUGGGCUGACGCGGCCAAUGUUGGAAAGGCAGAUCGUAUGCGAAUCUACCUCGAAGGGGAGAACUUGCUUUGUAAUCCUCCUGUCGAUAUCUCCUGCACCACGGAAGAGAAGACCAUGACUAGAAAUGCAUACAGCGUGACUUGUCCCUCUGGUUGUACUUCGGUCUCCAAAACAGUCUGGGGCACUGAAACCUACACGGAUGACUCCAGUAUCUGCCGUGCUGCUAUCCAUGCCGGGUGGAUCCCAGACAGUGGCGGCACCGCACCUGUCUACAGGAAGCCCGGGGAGAGUUCCUACGUCGGGAGUACACAGAACGGAGUCACAACCGUGUCGUACGGCUCUUGGCCCCAAUCAUUUGCGUUUGGUGUCAAUAUCGCCUUGAGGAAGCAAGCGUUUCAAACAAGCACUGGUGAGGGUGGCGAUGCCGGUCAUGCCGUUGACGGGAAAAUCACAACCACCUUUUCCCAAGGCUCCUGUUCACACACAGCGAAUGGGGGGGAGGCUAAUCCAACCUGGUGGGUGGAUCUCGGCCAAUCUUAUGUUGUUCGCAGAGUAGUCAUCACCAACCGCCGGGACUGUUGCUCCGAUCGACUCAACCCCUUCAACAUCCACAUCGGGGAUUCCGCCCAGGUCACCACGAACCCCCAGUGUGGAGGGGACCAUAACAUCGCGCUGAGUCUGUCGGCCAUGUCCGUCACAUGUCCGGAAAUGCGCGGACGCUAUGUGGGCAUCCAUCUUUCCGGAGCCUCCAGAAUACUGACCCUGUGCGAAGUCCAAAUAUUUGGUGAUCUUGAUGAAUGUACUGAUGGUACUGACAACUGCAGCCCACAAGGCUCUACUUGUACCAACACACCCUCGAGUUUCACCUGUGCUUGUGACGCAGGCUAUUCCGGCGACGGCGUGACCUGUACUGAUAUCGAUGAAUGUGCCAAUGCCAACGGUGGUUGUGAGGGAACGUGCACCAACAACGGGGGAAGCUUCGUCUGUUCCUGUGGGGCUGGUUUUGUCUUGAAUGCCGAUGGACUUAAUUGUGAUGAUGUCAAUGAAUGUGACAGUGGCAACGGUGGAUGUUCACAAACGUGUACGAACAACCGAGGAAGCUUCGUCUGUUCCUGUCGUCACGGUUAUUCUUUGAAUGCUGAUGGCCUGAACUGUGAUUUGGAUUGCGGUGUCCUGUACCCUGGCCUCCUACCAGCCAGCAAUUUUGGUGUCUACGGGGGCAAGUGCUUCUGGUCCUCCAAUGGCCGACGACCACACAACCAACGGUUGACCUACUCGGCGGCCCUACAGGCUUGUCAAGGUCACGGCGGCACACUGAUCAUGAUCAAGGACCACGCCACCCAAACAGCCAUCCUGGACCAUCUGAAGGUGAAGAGUGUCAAGGGCCGGAAGGAAAGGAGGUUUUGGAUGGGACUGGACGACCUUAACGCUGAGAACACUUUCCUCUGGAAUGACGGGACCCCCCUAGGAAGUUACGACAGGUUCAAGUACGACGGUCCACACAAGGAGAGGGACUGUGUGACUCUCUGGAAGCCCCAGAAGAGGGUUCCUCGUUGGUUCAUCAAGCCCUGCGAGAACAGCUACCCGUACAUCUGCCAGCUGGGCACCGGCAACGGCUGAGCCGAAUGAGACAACGACGUAUGCUGACGUCAGACUCACAACAUCGCAAUGACGUCAAACCAUCAGCUCUUUGUUUUUUCUUCGUUUCAAAGCACUACAUUUUUAGAUAUUCUGGUGUGGUAUAAUUCUAAACGAAACUGUAUAAAUUGUCAUUUCAUCAUUCACCAUUGUAGUAAAUAAAGUAAUUCCUCUAUUACAUUCCCUGCAUAAGCUCCAUACUUAAACGUAUCAAUACAUUCGUAAAGUUCUAUGUUAUGUUCAGAUCUAACGCGUAACGAUGUUCUAACAUUUGUCGUGUUGCUUAUUGUCUAAUACCAGACGAUAGGUUGUUGAAUUAAGAUUUGUUAUGGUGUAAUUAUAAUCAUAAUAGAGGUAGACGCUGUGCCAUUUAAAUAUGCAUAGCUUUAUCACAUAAGUACAUUUUAGAUACAGGCACACAAUGUCCUUCUUAUGACGGAUAUCACGCCAAGUUUACUUGAUGAAAAGUUGACAACAUCCAGGUUGUGCGUUUUCUUGACUUUUGGAAGAUAGCAAGUAUUGGAAUGGUGAUUCUGUCAUAGAGGUAGACGCUGUGCCAAUAGAACAUGCAUAACU